CGGAGGGACUGCAUCCGACGGCCGCUUUGCAGCUCUAUGCGGCCGCCGCACAGUUGGCGCCCGGCGGCGUACGCGUGCCGCCCUGGGGACCCUUUCUGCAGUUCGGAGUGCCCGGCGUAUUCGGGCCGAAUGGCCCCUUCUUGGGCAGGCCGCGCUUCGAGGCAGCGGCCGGCGGACAUCCCACCACAGCCGCUGCGGCAGCAGCGGCCACCCAAAUGGCAGCGGUCAAUGCGAGCAAUGCAUUUGCCAAUCUCACCGGCCUGAGCGCCGCGGCGCUGCGCAACGUUAGCGCCGCCCAGACAACGGCCGUGGCAGCGGUCGCCAGCACCGUGGCCACCAUCCAGCAUCGCCUCAUGAUUGGCAAUCGGCAGAGCUUGCCGCCGGCUGGACCGCCCAGCGAGGGCUCCAACGAGGACGGCGGCUUUCCUGGCGAUGGGGAUGACGAUAGCAGCGCCGCAAAGCGUCGACGCUCGCGCACGAACUUCAACUCGUGGCAGCUGGAGGAGCUGGAGCGCGCCUUCUCGGCCAGCCACUAUCCGGACAUCUUCAUGCGCGAGGCACUGGCCAUGCGGCUCGAUCUGAAGGAGUCGCGAGUUGCGGUAUGGUUCCAGAAUCGACGUGCCAAGGUGCGUAAGCGCGAGCACACCAAAAAGGGUCCCGGACGACCCGCACACAACGCACAGCCGCAGACGUGCAGCGGCGAACCGAUUCCUCCCAACGAGCUAAAAGCCAAGGAGCGAGCGCGACGGCGCAAGAAGCUGGCCAAGGCGAUCGAUAGGCAGGCGCGCAAGCUGCAGGCGAAGGGCAUCACCGUCGACCUGGAGGCGCUGAAGGCCGAAUACAUAUCACAGCACAAGGCGAACGGCACGUUCUCCGAUUCCGAUCUGGAGGACGAUGGCAUACAGAUCGAUGUGGUGGGCGGCACGGACAGCGACGACGAGCUGGACAGCGAUGCAGUGAGUCCGCCCCGCAUGGGCGGCGGCCACCAUGGACUGUCGCACUGCGAUGGCGAUGGCGACAGCUCGCGUGCUGGCAGCUACAUUGGUGGCGGCGGCAGCCUGGGCAGUCCCAGCUCGGCGGCGCCACCGACGCUGCAUGGCAGCAAUGGGGCAGGUGGUGCUGGUGCCGGCGGCGGCGGUGCAGGUGGCAACUAUAUGCACUCAGAGCAAUCGGAUGGCGGUGAGCUGGACGAGCGCGAAUCGGCAUCGCCCAAGGCGCUGCUCUUUCCCGCCAAGGCAUUCCAUCAACUGAACCUGCAGAACACACAGCACAGCCACAGUCACAGCCACAGCCACAGCGCAGCGGCAGCGACGGCGACGGCGGCAGCGGUCGCAGCAGCGGCCAAUCUCGUCCAUCAGACCUCGCCCAUCAGCAUGCGGCGCAGCAAUCCGUUCAGUAUCGAAUCGCUGCUCUUCAACAAUACGUGAGGCAC